AUGGCAACAGCAAUCGUUGAAAGCUACGCUCCCAUAUAUUUCGAGAAUAAUCAUAUUCUUGUGAAGAAGAACUUCUUCUUCGAUCAACACCAGCAUAAUGGCCCCGUUGUCGGAAGACAGAUGAUUGGCGAUGCUCUCCGCCACCGCGUCGAAAGUAUCGACCACGAGUCUUGCGACCCUGGCGACGAGGACACCUUUUUCGUUGGCGACCUCGGCGAGGUCUACCGGCAGCACAUGAGAUGGAAGAAGAACCUUCCUCGUGUCAAACCCUUCUACGCCGUCAAGUGCAACCCCGACCCCAAGGUCAUCCAGCUCCUUGCUGGCUUAGGCACAGGCUUUGACUGCGCUUCCAAGGCCGAGAUCGAACAGGUCCUGAACAUGGGCGUCGAUCCUGCUCGCAUCAUCUAUGCGCAGCCUUGCAAGACCAACUCGUACGUGCGCUACGUUGCCACCAAGGGCGUCAAGCAGAUGACCUUUGACAAUGCCGACGAGUUGCGCAAGAUUGCUAAGCUCUUCCCCGAUGCUGAGCUAUACCUGCGCAUCCUGACUGACGACUCGUCGAGCUUGUGCCGGCUGAGUUUGAAGUUCGGUGCAUCCCUGGACGCUACCAAUGAUCUGCUCGGCCUAGCCAAGGAUCUCGGGCUUAACGUUGUGGGCGUGAGCUUCCACGUCGGCUCUGGAGCUUCGGACCCCCUUGCAUUCCUGAAGGCUGUCCAGGAUGCCGACACCGUAUUCAAGCAAGCAUACGCUCAUGGCUUUGACAUGAAGACACUCGAUGUUGGCGGUGGCUUUUGUGGAGACAGUUUCGACGACAUGGCUCACGUUCUUCGGGAUGCUUUGGACGAGUACUUUCCUCCUCACAUCAACAUCAUCGCCGAGCCUGGUCGAUACUACGUCUCUUCGGCUUUUACUCUUGCCUGCAACGUCAUUGCGCGCCGCACUAUUGACAACCCAGUGUCGGGCGAGACUAGCUACAUGGCCUAUGUCAACGACGGCCUCUACGGCAAUUUCAGCAGCAUUAUGUUUGAUCACCAGCACCCUAUCGCUAAGGUUCUGCGUACCGGAAUGCGUACCUACUACAACACCCCUCUUGCUGAUGGGAUGCCUGAUGGCGAGAACGCCGGCAUCGAGUACUCCAUUUGGGGUCCCACGUGCGAUGGCAUUGACCGCAUUACCGAAAGCAUCCGCUUUGAUCACGAGCUUGAUGUGGGCGACUGGUUGUAUUUCGAGGAUAUGGGCGCCUACACCAAGUGUUCGGCCACCAAGUUCAACGGCUUCAGCGAUUCUCACGACGUCAUCUACGUCUGCAGCGAGCCUGGCGCGAGGGCCCUUCUUGGAUUCUGA